AUUCUUGUGUGCGCUUGCACGUUCACUACAAGUCAUUCCUGCACUAGUUAACGUGUGAUGCGUUUUGAUAACCUUUUCAGUCUAACCUGCAAAGAAGUACUAUUUCAAUUCGCGGACGCACACUUUCUAACUGCCGGGGAAACACUUCCGAUUAUUGAUAUUCGUCCGCGUUUAGCACAGCGGUUCAAAAAAGGAGGGGAUCGGCGCCAUCUUGAAGAGAGAAAGUCGUAGAGCGGGAAGGGGUGGUAAUUCUUAGCUAGUGCUCCAUAGUGUCGGUUUGGUUGUGGUUAGUUGUUUUGUAGCCAAUAUCUCUUGCAGGGGAUUGAGUUAUUGAUUGAAUUUGGUAAUUCCUAAUUGGUCCGGUUAAUUGAAGUAGAAGAGCUAUGUCUGGCGGUGGUGUGAUUCGCGGCCCAGCUGGAAACAACGAUUGCAGAAUAUACGUGGGCAAUCUUCCUCCCGAUAUCCGUACCAAAGACGUCGAAGAUGUGUUCUACAAGUAUGGGGCGAUCCGCGACAUCGACCUGAAGAACCGGAGGGGAGGACCGCCGUUUGCCUUUGUGGAGUUUGAAGAUCCCAGAGAUGCCGAGGAUGCUGUGUACGGGCGAGAUGGCUAUGACUAUGAUGGGUACCGCCUGAGGGUCGAGUUCCCCAGGAGCGGUAGGGGUGGAGGGCGAGGGGGGGUUGGGGGAGGUGUUGGUGCCCCCAGGGGCAGAUACGGACCCCCAUCCAGGCGCUCCGAAUACAGAGUCAUCGUCUCAGGCCUCCCGCCAAGCGGUAGCUGGCAGGACCUUAAGGAUCACAUGCGCGAAGCAGGUGAUGUAUGUUACGCAGACGUUUUCCGAGAUGGAACUGGGGUUGUGGAGUUUGUUCGCAAGGAAGACAUGACCUACGCAGUCCGAAAGCUGGAUAACACUAAGUUCCGGUCCCAUGAGGGGGAGACGGCGUACAUCCGCGUGAAAGUGGACGGCCCUCGGAGCCCGAGCUACGGGCGAUCACGCUCUCGCAGCCGGAGCAGGAGCCGCAGCCGGAGCAACAGCCGCAGCCGGAGCUACUCGCCACGCCGCAGCCGCGGCUCACCGCGCUACUCGCCACGCCAUAGCCGUUCCCGCUCGCGCACCUGAGCGCCCGGGAAGCCGUCGCUUGACCAGCUGUGCUUCAUCACCCCCCACCCCCCCCAGUUUCUGUUCAUUUUGGUUUGAGCCCUCCUCCAUUUUUAUGUGAAGUUCCCCCCCUCCCCCCAUUAAGAACUUUAUUUGGUAUGUGUGUGUAUAACAAACCCCCUGCUCUUGAAUUUGAGUCCCCCCUCCACUGUUUGUCCUGCAUAAACUGCAUUUUAACCGGCUGUUUACUCCCACCCCCCCCCCCCC